CUUAAAAUAACACUGAAACGACUGAAGCGCAGUGGUUCCUCCGACCCCCGCCCCAUAUCCAGCCCCCCAAUAAGAGGGACGGGAGAGCUUAGUUCUUCAGGGUCCGGCUGACGUGAAUGUAGCAGCUAAUGAGAAAUGAUAACAGUUCUUUCCUCGACACUCAAAGUGGAGCAGUUGGAAGAGCCUGGAAAAGCAGUCCGUGCUCGACCUCGGGAAUAAUAUUGCAUGAAACUUAAACAAAAUAACAGGGUGGAUCGGAGGCAGUUGUUGUGCACUUUACGUUUGAUUUAAUCUUCGCUGUCUUGUAAAUGCCAGUUAAUUAAUGUUGACAAACUGAGGAAACUAACAGUGCGCUGUGCUUGGAUCACCAGCUUCCUGGUUGCUAUCGACUCUCAGAACAGCUGGAUAUAUAAAAAGCUGUACAGAUAAGGGCGACGCUAAAAGCGAACACUUUAUUAAAAUGAAUAACAGUAAACCUGAAAAAGAGAACGAAUCAAAUGACUACACCAACCACGAAGAAGAGGUUCGGACUCUGUUCGUCAGUGGUUUGCCACUCGAUAUCAAACCCCGGGAGCUUUAUCUCUUGUUCAGACCAUUUAAGGGUUAUGAAGGCUCUCUAAUAAAGCUCACCUCCAAACAGCCGGUCGGCUUCGUCAGCUUCGACAGCCGGUCAGAGGCGGAAGCGGCGAAGAACGCUCUGAAUGGGGUCCGCUUCGACCCGGAGAUUCCCCAGACCCUGCGGCUGGAGUUCGCCAAAGCCAACACCAAGAUGGCCAAGAACAAGCUGGUGGGCACUCCCAACCCCCCUCCGUCCCAGCAGAGCCCCGGACCCCAGUUCAUCAGCAGAGACCCAUAUGAGCUCACAGUCCCAGCUCUGUACCCCAGUAGCCCUGACGUCUGGGCUCCAUUUCCUCUGUACCCCGCGGAGCUGUCCCCUGCUCUACCUCCCGCUUUCACCUACCCCUCCUCGCUGCACGCUCAGAUUCGCUGGAUCCCUCCCGCCGACGGCGGUCCCCAGGGAUGGAAGUCCAGGCAGUUCUGCUGAAAUUUCUGUAUCUGAUGUGUGAUGGCGGCCACAGAUGGUCUUGAUAGUUGAUCUGUCCUGAAGUCCAACCCGGAGGAAUCCCAGCCUCGUUACCUGAACUGUGGACCGUUGGCGACAACACCUCUCUGGGCCCAAGGAACUUCAAGACCUCUGCUUCGAUCACACAUCUCCCCAUCACAGCAUCUCUCUUUCCCUUUCCUCUUCUUUCUUUUUUACUGUUACAUACUAAAGAUUUCUUCUUAUUAUCUCUCUUCUUAUUAUUGUUAUUAUUGUUGUUGUUGUUUAUUAUUAUGAUCAUUGAUUACUAUAAUACGAGUUGAAGCAUGACUUGCCAAAAGAAUGCUGUAAAUUUUUAGAUAUUUUGAGUAAAAAAUACAAGUAUUUUUGUAUAAAGCAAAUGUUAAAAAUCAUUGCGUUUUGUGCUGUUCUGUUGAUUUAAGUAUGUGAGGAUCCAUGUUAAAAAAUUAGUUUCCGCACCUGGCACUGCAGUCAGUGAGUCACUGUGGUGCUCUGCCCUGUAAGCGAGAAUCAGUAUCUCAAACUGCCAGAUCCAAGAUUAUUUAGUAAUGUUGUGUUUCUCUUAUUAUUCUGAUUUCUUCAGCUCUUUUUCCUUUUGUGUUUUUAUUAUUGCUAUUUGCGAAACAGACAACAACACAAGGGAAAAGGCACAUUUUAGGAAUUUGCCACAGACAAAAGUGUACUGGAGCGGUUUCAUAAAUGUGCCUUACUGUUGAUGCUCCUUCUUCAGAUUCAACCUUGGUUCAGCUUGAGAAGUCAGACUUCUGACUGGAGCAAAGAAUCUCUGACUGAAAAAUACAAGAUCUGUCACAUAUAUGACUACGGUUCGAUUUUCGCUCUGGGUUCGCCCAAGGCUUCUGAAAUCGGGGAGCAUCCGCCACAUCAGACUCAGACUGAGACCUCCAGCCUUAUGUGCAGCAGUUCACCAAGAUGGCGCAAGACUGUCUCCAACACAUUCUGAGUAUGCGAAAGGCUGUCAGCCAACUUUAACCUGAGUGCACAAACAACAACAACAACAACAACAAAAUGUAUUACUUUGGAGACAUAUAAGAAAUGGACCAUUUGAAGCCCUGCACUCCCAUUGGAGGACACUAGGCCACAUGAUUCCGUGGGAGGCCGGCAUUGACAAACCAAAACCAUGCUGGUAUAACACAGCAAAAAACAACAGAGCUAAUGGAAAAUUUACAGUUUCUCUGUCUUUUGAAACAAUAAUAUCUUGAAUUUUUAUUUGUAAAGUGUGCCUUUGUGUUGUCAUUUUUUCAGGUGUCUCUCAACACGUUCUGUCUGUCAUUAAAUUGUUAUUAUAAUAGA